ACACUUCGAGACACACACAUGCACGCUGUGGAUGCAGGAGAGAGAGAGGGAGGGAGGGAAGCUUUUAGAGACGGAAGCAGGCAGAGGAGAUCCUUGGCAAGCUAAAGAGAGCGAAAGGAAAGACCUGGAGGAGUCAGUUCAGAAGAAAACUUUUCUAUUUAGGACCAGACCGCACUCUAAUUUCUAGAAAACAAAAUUAAAGAAAAUCACAAUGCUUUGGAGAGUUAAGAAAAUCUGAGGAUUUUUUUCCCCCCUGGAACUGCUAGGAAUACUUUUUUUGUAAAAGUCUGGAUAUGUGACAUUCUGUGGAAAUCCUGUUUCCUUCUGAACUUUCUCGCCAUCACUUUUGAGAAACAUUUUGUCGUCAUCUCAUCUGAAGAAGGGCCAAGCCACAAUGCCUACUGACGAUUAUAGCUACCUGCCUGAUGUGCUGCCUCCUCUUCCCGAAGUCCCGGACUCUGGCUCAGACCUGAGCUCCGUUGACAUCCCAGCACGCUGCCUCCGCAACCCGGCCUUCCGCCACGCCUCCUCGCGUUAUUGCUCUGCCAUCAGCAUGGACUCCUCUCCUGACAGCGCCGAACGACCCAUCAGCUACAGCUCCACGUCCUCCUCCGCCUCCUCCAGGGACAGUCACUGCUCUUUGGGCAGCCGUUCGACCCUUGUCGCGGCCCCUCAAUGUAACCCCGUUACCCCUGACCAGGACUCCGGGGCGAUUCGAUUGGAACUGGUCCCGGCCAGGCAGCUGGGAUGCGAAGAGGAGUACGAGGGAAACAAUGGAAACGGCAGCAGACAGACUGCUACAGAACAUUUACAGCCCAAGUUGAGUCCAGAAGUACAAGAGAAGAUGAGCCAGGUGCAGGGACCCAGGACGUAUGUGGACCGGGUGGUGCAGGAGAUUCUGGACACAGAGAGAACCUAUGUUCAGGACCUGCGCAGCAUCGUAGAGGACUACUUGGAGUGCAUCAGUAACCAGUCUCGACUGGCCCUGAGCUCGGAGGAUAAAAGUUCGCUGUUCGGCAACAUCCGGGACAUCUACCACUUUAACAGGUACUGAACACACACAAGAGCCCAAUGGAUUCAA